AAGGGGUUUGAGAGUCCUGACUUGGUCCUGCUGCCCCUUGAGCACCUCCAGCUCCUGCAGGACCAGCGUUUCUUUGCUCCCUACAGGGUGGUUCCCACUCAAAGAGUGGAACCUCGAGGCAGCAGGAUGUGCACAUUGCUCCCAUUUUCCUACAGUGGGAAGGGGCUGCAGGGAAUGCUUCCCCUGCUCCUGCAAAUCUGCCAAAACCUGCAGGGCAUCCGUGCCUCGGUCUGGGAACCACGGCGGGGUUGGAUCAAGGGGUGCCCUUGAUGAUCUGGGAGGUCUUUUCCAACCCGUCUGAUUCUGGGAUUCUCUGGGUGCCAUUGCCAGGGCAGCACAUGCUGGAGGUUCUGUCCACAGGGGAUAGAUGUGUCUGUGCAGACAGAGAGACAAGGUUCCUGUCCUGGAGAGCAGGCCCUGAGGUGCCCCUGAGCAAUGGCCCGGAGGUGAGCCCAGAGCUGUCCCUGAGGUGGCCCUGAGAAGAAGUGGAAGGCAGAGGUGGUGCUGAGGCAGGAGAGCCCCGUGCUGGGGAAGAGGCUGAGCUGGGAGUGCCCAGCAGCGAGAAGGUGCUGUGUCCAUGCCCUGUGUGCCAGCAGGAUUUGUCCUUCCCAAAGCUUGGGCAGAUGGAGGAGGAGGCUGCGAGGAAGAUGCCGCGAGCCCCCCAGGCAGGCCCUGAGCUGAGGACAGAGAGCACGGAGGACAAAUCCCCCCGGCAGAGCCUGGUGGGAGAGGCCGUUUUGAAGGGCUCCCCGGCGCAGGAAGGCAGCGGGGAGGAAAAGACCCAGAGGUUCUCCCAGAGGAGGGGCUACAAAGCCAGCCCAGGGAGCUCUGAGGAGGAAAGACCCAUCCUGUGCCGGGAAGGCGGCCGGAGCUUGGGCCAGAGCUCCGAGCUGGUGGUCCCUGAGCAGCCUCCCAGCAGGGAGAAGCCCUUCAGGUGCUUGGAAUGUGGGAAGAGCUUCAGGCAGAGCUGCACCCUCCUCAGGCACCAGAUCAUCCACACUGGGGAACGACCCUACACGUGUAGAGAAUGUGGGAAGAGCUUCAGGCAGAGGUCUGACCUGAUCCGACACCAGCACAUCCACACUGGAGAACGGCCCUACACAUGUGGGGAAUGUGGGAAGAGCUUCAGUGACAGCUCCACCCUCCGCACCCACCAGGGCAUCCACACUGGGGAACGGCCCUACACGUGUAGGGAAUGUGGGAAGAGGUUUCAGCGCAGCUCAACUCUCGUCAGGCAUGAGCAGACACACACGGGGGAGAGGCCCUUCCGCUGCACCGACUGCGGGAAGGGCUUCAACCAGAACUGCACCCUUGUCAACCACCGGCGUAUCCACACCGGGGAGAGGCCCUACAAGUGUGGGGAGUGUGGGAAGAGCUUCAGCCAGAGCUCUACCUUGAUCUCACACCAACGGACCCACCAGUAAGGCAAGCCCUAUGAAUGCCCUGACUGCGGGAAGAGCUUCGGCCGCUGCUCCCACCCUGAAUGACCCCCCUGAUGUUGAGGCAACCCCUGGAGUCCAGUGACUGUCAGUCCAUCCCUUUCUACCAGAAAGGGCCAGUCCCUUUCCCAGGGGCAGGUUGUGCCAACAGAACCCUUCUUGGGGGGUGUGUGGAGAUUCCUGCCUUGGCUGGGACCCCCCAAGGUCACUGCUGGAGGUUGAGAGCAGAGAUCUUCACCCGAGCGUUGGUCUGGAGGAGUUCCAUCCCUCUCUAAUUCAUAAUUCUUGCUUUGGUGCCAGCUUGAGUAGAAUUGCUUCAACAAUUGCUUUAGUGUAGAGCACUGUCCUAUCUUAUGCUGUCCUACUGGUAGUUUUAGUGUUUCUAUUGUGCAGUAAAUAAUUCUGAUGAAGAUCUUUUGUCUGAUCAUUUGUAACCCUAAAUAAUUCAUUUCUAUCAAUAGA